AUGUCUACGGCAUCAGUACAACCGCCCGUCAUCCCUCCCCGGCCCUCUAGGAGUACGGACAAGGAGGAGAACACGAAUACCACUUCGCUCCCAAAGAUCCCUCCUCGUCCCAUCAAGCGUUUCGAUCGCUCCAUCUCCCCGAACCCGGAUCGUUUUGCUCCCUCGCCUUUGAAUGAGAGCCCGUUUUCCAAGAGCCCCAAGGCCACUCGCUCCUCUCCGGGCAAUGGAUUCCUGUCUUCAGAACCUGUCCGUCGCCCCGGCAGCGUUUCUAUGCCGUCUGUCGGCGAGGAGGGCAACGAGUACGAUGUCGUCAGCGAAAGCUUGGCCAAGCCGCCUGCCUCUCCUGAGCACACCCGCUUCGCUGCCGAAGACCUCAAGCUGCACGCUCCCAAGCCUACGAUGCCUGCUCAGAGCGCCAAGCAGAGGGUCCAGGCUGUCACUCGCACCGAUUCGGACAAGGCCGCCUCGUUUGGCAUCGGCAAGCCUAGCAGCGACGAGACUAGACCCAGCAGUCUCAGGAAGAAAGCCAGCUCCAGUCAAAUGUCCACCAAGUCAGAGAGCAUCUUCGGCGAAGAGGAGCAUGGCAUCCCAGAGAUUGGCCAGCGUGUGCCAAUGAACCCCCAUCUCGGUGAUGUCCAGGCCCCAUCUCCUGCCCCGGGCUCUGCCGCCGCCCCCGAGGCUCUGAGGUCCGGAACCCCUCGUAACCACUCCCGCAAGCAUAGCUCGCGCGGGUUCAACGAGCUCCCUCCGGGCAGCUAUGGUCUUCAUGGCCACAGCUCUGCACUUCCCACAGACAAGUUCGAGAAGGCUUGGUACGACAAACACCCGGACACGUUGAAGAAGGACUGCAACACCCACCUUCACGACCGCCAAAACGACUUUGCCAUGAGCAGCACCGAUCUUAACAAGAUUGUCCACGACACUCACAGCAGAGGGUCUGGAAUGGGUACUUCCUCCACAUACGCCGGCACUCCCAGCGAGGAGGUAGGCUAUCAUGCUUCCGAAGAGUACACUUCGCGCAUGUCAUCCCCUCGCCCUGCGUCCAGGUCUCCCGAGCUCCACCGUGUCAAGUCACCCUUGAGCCCUAGGGAUUCUCACCCUGACAUUGCCAUUUCUUCAGCCGACAAGACCGCCAGCGACGACGACACCGUCCAUGUUGAUCAGUCUCAUGACCGUCGUAGGAGUUUCGUUUCCCACGAUUCCGGUCAUGAGGCCAAGUACAACGCUCCCAUUCUGGCAGACGAUGAGCGGGAGAAGGACGUCCAUCCGUAUGACCUGCACCCGGCCGUUGAACCCCCACCAGAACGCUCCGGCAGCGCUUUUGAAAUGGAGAAGGCUCCCAGUCGGCCCACCAGUCGCCCCACCAGCAUUUACAACAACCAGUCACAGACAGAGUUGACAUACACCCCGCUGGAGGACGUCGAGGAGUACGAGCCAUUGUUCGCCGACGAGGAGGCUAAGAAGACCGAAGCUGAGGCCAACACCUGGAAGCCCCGUCACAAGUUUCCCAGCAAGGAUGUAUGGGAAGACGCACCCGACAGUGUGAACUACACCGCCGAAGUUUCAACGCCUGAGCCAGCAGAGAACGAACGCCCUUCGUCCCGACGACGCUCCGAAUCUCGUGCCGAAACACCUGCACACGCCUUUGCUCGGAAGCAGGAGGAGCUCGCAGAGCAGGAGGCCCGUGGUCUGGACACCAAGGACAAGAAGCCACUUCCCAUCGCGCUGCAGCAAACCAAGGAGCAAGAAGCUCGCCCCAACAUGGCCAACCGCUUCCCCAGCCGUGACGUGUGGGAAGAUACCCCCGAAAGUCUCUUGCACGAGGCAGUUGUCGACACGCCUGAGCCUGCGGAGGAUGCUCCCACGGAGAAGCCUCAGAUCCCGUCUCGUCCUCAGAAGAAGGGUUCAGAGUCGAGCGCUACCUCAGAACGACCUUCCAUCCCCGAGCGGCCUAGGCCGAAACAAACACUCAGCGACGAUAAAUCGAGACCCGCCGUGUCAGAUAAGCCGAAGCCUCAAAUCCCCGCGCGCCCUACCAAGACUCUCCCGUCCGGCAUUGACUCAAAAGAGCAAGAUGCGGCUCCCAAGCCGAAGCCUGCUGUCCCCGCUAGACCCGCUGGCAGCAAGAUUGCAGCCCUUCAAGCAGGAUUCAUGUCGGAUUUGAACAAACGCCUUCAGCUUGGCCCUCAUGUCCCGAAGAAGGAAGAGCCACCCGCUGCGGACAUGGUUGAGGAGAAGGAGAAGGCUCCCUUGUCGGAUGCUCGUAAAGGUCGUGCCCGCGGUCCCCAACGCAGGGCGCCUGCAAAGGCCGCGACACCUGUCGCCGAAGUCAAGUCCUCGGCACCUACUUUGUCGUUCUCGCCUCUGAGGGUCUGCUGGAGCAUCGGUGACAGCGGCAGUCUCGAGGUCGACGAUGGUUCCGUGCCUGAGGCCAAAGAGGCUGUUCCCGAGGUCGAGAACACACCUUCCGAACCGAAGAAAAUAGAGGAAUCGGUUGCGCCUGCUGUCGCCGAGACCGAAACAAAGACAGAGGUCUCGUCCACGGAGGAAACGAUAUCCAACGAACCAGUCGAAGAAAAGGCCGAAGCCAAGGUUGAGGCUCCAGUUACGCAGGACGUCAAGAUAGAGCCACCUAAAGAAGAAGUCAAGACCCUAGCCGCGAACAUGGCUGGCGAGCCUGUGGUUGAGGCCACUCUAGAAGAAAAGAAGGACGAGGCUGAUCCCGUUGCUGUCAAGCAGACGGGCGGAGAAGAAGCAUAG